UUCAGCUUCAACUCGCGUUGGGAGAGAGUUUACACACUCGAUCCUAACCCUGCUAACGUUGAGUAUUGACAGCAUCCGCUAAUUACUUCCUCGAACGACAGCCCGAAAGAAAAUAAUAUUGUUUCAGCUCCGCCCAUGUUGAGAAAUUAAUCGGAAAUAAUAAGGUUACUUUGGCGCUGUGCUUGUUGUAAAUUACAGCGGAAUUUAGUUUUGAAGUCCUUCACCUAGCGUCGAGAUCCACCCAGCCGCACAGAGAACCAUUUCAACAUGUCUCACCAAACGGGAAUCAAAGCCUCAGAUGAGCUAAAGAAAGCCUUUGCUGAAGCCAAGCUGAAGAACUACCGACUGCUCAAGGUUUGCAUUGAUUUAGAGAUUGAAAAGUUGGUUCCUAAGGAGCACUGCGAAGAGUCUGGAACAUGGGAAGAAGAUUACAGUAUGAUUCACCCGUUGCUUGAUGACAAGAGUCCCUGCUACUUCUUUUACCGUCUUGAUGAAAAAGACUCGCAGAAUCAGCACAAGUGGAUCUUCAUGCGCUACUCUCCAGACCACGCUGAGGUGAAACACAAAAUGGUGUACGCAGCCACCAACACGACGGUCAAGUCAAUAUUUGGCACUGGUCAAAUCAAGGACGAAGUAUUUGCGACAGCAGAGGCAGAGAUGACGUUUGAUGGCUACAUGAGACACAGGGAACACGAGGAGGCUCCGGCUCCACUGACGGCCAGCGAGGAGGAACUGAAGCUUUUGAGGGAGGAGGAGGGCCACAUGGACAUCGGCAGCUCCACCAAGCAGAGCCACCUCCAGGGGAUCGCCUUCCACAUACGCGACGAGGCCAAGGACAAGCUGCUGGGCCUGAAGAAUGGGGACUACACCUACGUCAGGCUGUGUGUGGAUACUUCCAAGGAAGAAAUCUUUUUAGACGAGGCAGACAGCAUUGGCGUCAACGCACUCCCAGCUAAGAUCUCAUCAGAUUCAGGGGGCUACCAUGUCUUCACAUUCAAGCACACGCACGAGGGUGAUUACCAAGAAAGUCCAGUGUUGAUAUAUUCAAUGCCCGGCUACAAAUGCCCGGUCAAGGAACGUAUGCUGUACACGAGUUGUCUUGGUCCUCUGAUUGGUCAGCUAGAAGCCGAGUUUGACAUUAAAUGCGCCAAACGGAUUGAAAUCAACUCGGGCGAGGUCCUCACAGAGGCCUUCUUGAUGGACGAAGUCCACCCCGUCCGUAAUCUACACCGGCCGGCAUUUGCAAAGCCUAAAGGGCCGGCAGGGAAGCGGGGACAACGGCGGUUGUUAAAGGAUGAAGACCAGUAAAAUCAAUUUUUUUUUUAAGUAAUAUCAAGGCCUUUAAUAACAGUUGUAGUUAUGAAAAAGAAAUCUGAUGGAAUGGAUAAUACGAACCCUCUUGGUGUGAAAACAGGAUUGGCAGCAGGAUUCACAAAUGUUUUGUGGAACUAAAAAAGUUGGGGGAAAACAUGAACUGUAUGCUGAUAUAAUUUUGUUGCCAACAAUUUCUACUAGCUGAGGAAUCAUCAGGGAUUGACUGCCUUAACUCCCUAGGAAUUCAGCAAAGAAGGUUUUUCUACCUAAACUCAAGACCCAAGGCAGUGUUGGCUGGGCUAUGUGAAAUCCUCCAAAACCUCAUAGACAUCAAGGUGACUAGGAGGUUUUUGGUUGAGAGAUUGUCAACAGUGAACACUUUCCUGUUUGAACUGAAUUCUGCCCAUCAAUGAAACAACAAAACAUGCUACUGUUAAAGCGAGUUAUGAUGUUCCUGACAGCAACCAUAUAUUCAUGACAUAAAAAUUUGAUCAUUUUAUUAUUUUCUCCUAAUCUAAGUUCGAACUUAAUUCGUGUGGACCUCCCUUGAACACCAAACUGUGAACACCGAUCAGUGUUAACUAUUUUAUCAGUUUGUCUUGCAAUUGUUAUCACUGGCCUUAAUCCAAUAGUCCAUUUUUUCAAGUUUUUUGUUUUCAAGUGGCCAUUGAGAUGGCUUGUGGUGUUUGGUUCAUUCUCAUGCCAGAUGCCCUUUAGUACCCAUUCAGGGUUGCAUUAGAAUCACGGGGCUUCACCGUUACAAAAUUCCUAGAUUGGCUCAACAUUGUAUAUCUUCGGUUGAUUUUUGAUGCACAAGGCUGCAUCCAACAGUUCCGUCUACAACCAGCAUGCAACACAUGCAAAAGUGAAAGCCUCUGGCUAGUGGCUUAAGUUACUUCCCAUAAGCACGUGUGUUACAGUAAGCUGCAGUCAUGACAUUCACAUGCAGCCUGAUGUCGGUGGUUAAGUGAUAAUAUGUUUGUACCAUCGGCGAGGUAGGUCAUUUUUGCUGGCAAGUUUUGCAACAGUGGUCACAGAAUAGAAUUGCUUGUAUACAUAGAGCUUUGUAAACCACCACACAGUUACUUGGAUGUUACAUUUAUACAAGGUAGCUAGGUUGUACUUAAACCUCAUUUGGGGUUUUUUAGGAGCGGGCUUACAAAAGAAACAGCUUUACUCCAGCUUUUCAAUCAAGACAAAAUGCAUGCUAGAACUGUGUAACUCAGAAAUGUUUGCACGAGAGUUAUACAUAGGCAACACAUCUCAGUCAGUUGAACCAAUGAAGUAUUCCAGCAGUCGGAGGUUGGAAUCCUAUCCCACUGAAUUGCUGCUUUCCACGAAAAGCAAAGUUGAUUUAUUCACCUGGCAAAAAGUUUUACCCUUUCAUUUUAAUGUUAAAUCAAACUUGUCACUUCCAAUACGGGCUAUUCACAAUAGUGCGCCUCCAAGAGUUUGCAAUGGGUUGGCCAAUCACAGCGCGCGAAA